CUUCCGCAGUGUGGGCGGGGCUUAGGGAUGUUUUGUGAUGGAAAGGAAAAUGGCGGCUGUUCGGAAACGGCGCUAACUUUACACUGAGAGAGUAACGCUGGCGUGGAAAUACGCGAGUUCAGGAGUAACUUACAGAUAAGUAACUGUAGUCGUUCCUGUAUUUUAAUGCACCGGGUGGCGUGAAGGAGACGCGGCGGGCAGAAGGCGGGGGUAGCGGCUGAGGACGCCUCCGACGUCCCGAGAGUCUCUGUCCUCCGGUGGUUUACCGCCGAGCGGAGGGACACCGAGGGACAGACUGAGGGACACCGAGUGACAGACUGAGGGACACCGAGUGACAGACUGAAGGACACCGAGGGACACCCUGAGGGACACGGAGAGACACUGAGGGACACCGAGAGACAGACUGAGGGACACCGUGGGACAGACUGAGGGACACCGUGGGACAGACUGAGGGACACUGAGGCAGAGGUGGAGGCGGCUGUAGGGAGGUGGAGGCAGGCGGCUCGGCGCUCGGAGGUUCUGGUCCUGGAGGUUCUGUCAUGAUGGACGAGUCCAAGCCGCGGUUCAGCAAGAGGCUGCGCGCCGGAACCCGCCGCCGUUACCAUGACGACGGCGUCUCGGACGAGGAGACGGACGGGCGGAGGACGUUCGACCUGGACGAGCCGCUGAGCAGCGAGCGCUUCGGCUCCGCCCGCAUCGUCCGCAUGGCGGGGACAGACUUCACCUAUGAGUACGUCCAGAGAGGCGGUCUGAGGGACCCCGUCCUGUUCCAGAGGCCGGACGGACUGGGACUGCAGAUGCCAGAGCCGGACUUCAGCGUCAACGACGUCAAGAUGUUUGUGGGGAGCAGGCGGAUGAUGGACGUGAUGGACGUGAGCACCCAGAAGGCCACGGAGAUGUCCAUGGCCCAGUGGACGCGCUACUACGAGACGCCGCCGUCCCAGAGGGAUAAGCUCUACAACGCCACCAGUCUGGAGUUCAGCCACACCAAGCUGGACCGCCUGGUCCGCAGGCCGGCCACGCUGGACCUCCUGGACUGGGUGGACACCAUGUGGCCUCGUCACCUGAAGGAGAGACAGAGAGACUCCAGCAGCUCCGUCCCCGACAUGCAGUACCCCAAAGUCCAGAAGUACUGCCUGAUGAGCGUGGAGGGCUGCUACACCGACUUCCACGUCGACUUUGGGGGAACCUCAGUUUGGUACCACGUCCUGCGGGGCAGCAAGGUGUUCUGGCUGAUCCCCCCGACCCCCCAGAACCUGCAGCUGUAUGAGGACUGGGUUCUGUCCGGGAAGCAGGGGGACGUCUUCCUGGGGGACCGAGCGUCCGACUGCCAGCGGAUGGAACUGCAGCGGGGCUGCACCUUCAUCAUCCCCUCAGGCUGGAUCCACGCCGUCUACACCCCGGUGGACUCCCUGGUCUUCGGAGGGAACUUCCUGCACAGCUUCAACGUCCCCACGCAGCUGGACGUCUGCAGCAUCGAGGACAGAACCCGAGUUCCCGUCAAGUUCCGGUUCCCGUUCUACUACGAGAUGUGCUGGUACGUGUUGGACCGCUACGUCUUCAGCCUGACCGGGACGUCCUACCUGACGCCCGAGUUCCAGAAGCUCUCGCUGGGGAUCGGUCUGAAGAAGCGUCCUGCUUCUGAAGCGUCCGGCGAGCAGGAGGAAGAGGAGGAGGAGGAAGAGGAGGAGGAGGAAGGGGACAGUGACGACGACCCCCCCGCAGGUCAAAUCCACCUGACCCCCCUGGAGCUGGACGGCCUGUGGAACCUGCUGGGGAAGCUGGAGGUGCUGCCGUCCAACAGGAAGUGCGUCCCGGCCGGGAUCCACAACGCUGCCGCGCUCGUCUCACACGUCAAGGCUCUGCUGAAGGAACACGCCAACGACGUCCCCAAGCUGUCCUACACCGGGAAGCCCGUCGUCCGCUGGCCCCGCAGGCCGUCGUGGUACCGGCCUCCUCCUCCGCCCACUCCACCUCCCCGUCCCAAGCUGGUCCCCGUCCCCGUCCCCGUCCCCGUCCCGGCCCCGCGGCCCCAGAAGCCCGCCUCCUCCAUGUCAGUGCUGCGGCGCCGCAGGGUCAGGUGUAAGCGCUGUGAGGCGUGCGUGAGGCCGGAGUGCGGCGAGUGUAACUUCUGCCGGGACAUGAAGAAGUUCGGCGGUCCGGGGAAGCUGAAGCAGACCUGCGUCCUGCGGCAGUGUCUCUCUCCGGGCCUCCCGCUGUCUGCAGUGUGUGAGAUCUGUAAGGAGCCGAACCAGGAGGAGACUGGAGACCCGUCCCUCACACUGAUGGAGUGCUCCAACUGCGCACAAAUCGUCCAUCCUGCCUGUCUGACGGUUCCGGGAGACGGAGUGGUGAACCAAGACCUGCCCAGCUGCUGGGAGUGUCCCAAGUGCGUCCAGGGAAUCACCGAUCCCGAGCAGGUCGGGGGCGAGCGAGCCGACUCUCUUCCAGCGAAGAGGAAGUCUUCGUCUCUGCUGGACGCUCGCAUGGCGAAGAUCUACCGCCGGCAGCGCCACGGCCGCGACGGAGACGACUCUGCCAGCGAGGACGAGGACGAAGCCCACAGGAGGAAGAUGGCGCUGCACGCCCGGGGCGGGGGCCACGCCUCCAGGAGGGGCUUCGGGGCCAGUAGGAGGAGCCUGCUGAGAGGAGGCUCCGCCCCCAGGAGCGCCCGGGCGGGCUUCGGGACUCCCGGCUCCGCCUCCGUCCUCAAGCUGAAGCGAGGGGCGGGGCCGAGGGACGGCGUGCGGCGGGGCCGAGGCGUCCGGCUGCGAGGCGGAUCCAGGAUGCAGCGGCGGGGGGACGACUCCGAGGACUCCGACGAAGACGACGAGGACGAGGAGGACGAGGACGAGGAGGAGGAGGAAGACGAGGAGGACGAGGAGGAGGACAGCGAGGACGGAGAGAAAGAGCGGCAGCAGCACCGGCGCCGGAGGAGGCGCCGAACGGACGAGGACGAAGACGAGGACGAGGACAGCGAGGGGCGGGCCUUCGACCCCGAGGAGGAGGACAUGGACACACUGGAGGACGAGGACGACGAGGACGACGAGGCGGAGGACGGACGCUGGGACUCGGACCCGGAGCCGCCGGUGCUGCUGGUGUCCGACCUGAACGACGAGCUGCUGAGCGGAUCCUACCUGACGGUGACGCUGCAGCGCCCCCAGCAGGCCCGGAGGACGCCCGGUUCCAUCGUUCCCAAGCUGGAGGCGGCGAUGGGCCCCCGAGGCGCGGCCGGAGGGCCCGGCCCCCCGCAGGCCCUGGUCCAGAGGAGGACCGGUCUGUCCAGAGGUCCCCGGGCCCAGGCGGGGGACGGCGUCCCCAGAGGACCCGGAAGGCCCCGCCUGCGCGGUAACCAUGGAGACCGCGGCUCCAGGCCGCGCUCUGCCUCGUCCUCAGAGGAAGACGAAGCGGCGGCCGCCGCCCUGUCCCCCCCGUCCCUGCUGUCCACUCCGUCCUUCAGAGACGUGGGGAACGAGCGGGGGGGCGAGAAGGAGGUCUGGGUCUCCGUCUUCAAGUUCCUGAACCGGAACGAGCUGCUGGUCUGCAUGACGGUCUGCAAGGCCUGGUACAAGUGGAGCUGUGACAAGCGUCUGUGGAGCCAUGUGGACGUGAGCCGCGGCGGUCCUCUCAGGAACCAGGCCCUGGCCGGCAUCGUCAAGCGGCAGCCCGUCUCGCUGGACCUGUCCUGGACUCCCGUGGCCAAGAGACAGCUCAACUGUCUCCUCACCAGGCUCCCAGGUCUGAGGGAGCUGCGGGUGUCCGGCCUGUCCUGGUUCUGUCUGUCCUCCAUGGUGUCCCCCUCGCUGCCCCACCUGCGGCUGCUGGACCUGCGCUGGUGCGAGGGAGUGGGCGACGCCCAGAUCAGGGACAUGGUCUGUCCCCCGGGUUCGGAGUCGUCCCGCAGCCGCCUGAGGACGGUGGGGACGCUGCGUCUGUCUGGGCUGGACGUGAGCGACGCCACGCUGCGGCUGCUGCAGCGCCACCUGCCGCUGCUGCGCCGCCUCGACCUGUCGCACUGCCGCAACGUCUCCGACGCCUCCGUCGCCCUGCUGGCCGCCGCCGGCUCGCACACCCGCCACAACCUGAGCGAGCUCUCCCUGGCAGGCUGCGGCGGCCUGACGGACGCCGUCCUGCCGUCCCUGAAGCGCCUCCACUCCCUGACCCUGCUGGACCUGCGGGGCUGCCGCGGCGUCAGCCGGAGGAUGUGCGACGCCUUCAUCUCCGACCUGUCCCAGGUGGCGCUCUACUGCAUGAUGGAGGAGAAGCUCAUCCAGCGCCUGGACUGAGGCCGGCGCCGGGGUCAAGGGUCACCGGGGGGGGGGGGGACGUCUCACUCUGAUCUCUUUU